GACUCCCGGCGUAGGUAGAAGAUGGCAGCCGAGGCGUGAUUCGGUCCGGGCAGUUUCCUCUCUUCUGGCCGCGCGCGCGCGAGAGUAGUAGGGCCGCAAUCCGCUCCGGGUUUGAGAAGAAGAAGCCGCCGGAAAGUAGUGUGCUCUACCUUCGCGGUCGGUCUCCUCGUUCGUCGGUCGACGGUGCACGAAAACCCUGAAGGAAGCCGCCGGGAGAUGAUUUGAGAGAAAGAGGGAGAGAGAGAGAAAGAGAGAGAGAGAGAGAGAACGAGGAGAGAGAGACUGACUGACUGAUACUAAAAGGGAAAGAUAGACGGUCAGAGAGAGAGGGAAAGACGGAAAGAGAGAGAAGGAAAGAGAUCCGCUUCGCUCGGCUACAUUCCGCUCGCGCGACGUGUCCGACUCCGCUGUUUUUCUGUCGUUUUUUUCGUCGCCGCACAUACACACACACACACAGCCACCCGCGCGAGCGCGCUAUUUCGUAUCUCAGAGAUUGGUACACGUUCGGUAGCGCAUCGUUCGGGAGAAUCGGCUCGUGAUCCGCUCCGAUCCGCUCCGCUACGCUCCGUUCCGCUCGGCUCCGCGUGUCGCGUCUAAUGAUCAAGGAGGUGGUAGACGUCGGUGAUUAUGCGCGUAGUAAUGAAUAAUCCUGUAAAGCCCGUUGGGAUCGCAGCAGCCGCCAUCGUCGCAGUGUUUCACGAGCGUCAUGUAAUAUGGAAUUAAACAAUGUUGUUAAGACGUAAACAUGUUCUGGCUACACUGUGGACUCUUUGUUCUCGUGAUUGCCGUACGUGGAUUUAUUAGCAGCUUAGCCGACACCACAUCCAAGAGAGAAGCAGACUACACCUUAGAUGAUUCCUUUUGGAAGGAAGAGGAAACUCCCGCUGGUGAGGUCGAACGACUACUACACGAAUAUCGACAAAACCAAGAGCUAAUACGAAAUAUCGGUGGUCAUUACUAUCAGAUCAUCUAUCCGGUACAGCUACGGCAUCACGAGAAAAUGGGGAUAUCCACGAGAGAAGUCGGCGUACCAAAGUUUCCUCAAAGAGGUUACGGGGAUGGAGGAUAUCAGAAUCCUAGAGGCAGAAUGAGAACAGGGAGACAUUUUCAUCGGACGUCUCUUCUGAUCAAGGCCUUUAAUCACAAAUUUCGUUUAGACUUAGAAUUAAAUACGCAACUUUUAGCUCCAAAUCUUAUACAGAAAGACUUUUUAGCCGGCAAUGCGGAACAAAUGUCUAAGCAGGAAAUAGAACAUUGUUAUUAUCACGGCACUGUGAGAGAUUAUCCGGGAGCUAGCGCUGCUUUUCACACGUGUAACGGUGUCAGCGGUGUCAUUCAUUUAGGCAACGAGACCUUCGUCAUUCAUCCAUUCUACGGCGGUGAUUUAUCGCAGAAACAUCCUCACAUUAUAUUUGAAGCUCGAACAAAAGUUAACAAAGGCUGCGCUAACUCGGGAAAUCUUGAGUGGCGUGUAAAGAACCGCCGGCAGAAGCACAUCUUCGGGCUAUCAGAGACCACUUCCGAUCGAUACAAAAGAGACGUCCGUGAAGCAACCAAAUACAUCGAAACUGCCAUCAUUAUCGAUAAGGCCAUGUUUGACAAAAGAAACGGUAGUACCAGAGCUGAGGUUGUUCACGAUGCCAUCCAAGUUGCUAAUAUCGCAGAUUUGUAUUUCCGUACAUUAAACACUAGAGUCUCCGUCGUAUACAUCGAAAGUUGGAAGGGCAGCAACCAAGCGCAAAUCGAUAACGGCAUCGACAUCGAUCAAGCCUUGUUAAGCUUUAACGAUUAUACGAUGCGGAGAAUGUAUCAAGUUGCUCAGGACACCACCCAAUUGCUCACGGGUGAGACUUUCUCAGGUGGAGAAUCAGGGGUGGCUGUACCCGAGACCGUGUGCAGCCAAAGAUCCGUAGGAAUCAGCGUCGAUCUAAACACUUACGAGCCUCAUCUUUUAGCUGGUACCAUGGCACACAUGAUCGGCCACAAUAUCGGCAUGAGUCACGACGAUGGAAGGAACGACUGCAAUUGCCGCGAUUGGCACGGAUGCAUCAUGGCUCAAUCUAUCGUCGGCCUGGAAAACGUUCAGCCGUACAAGUUUUCGGAGUGUAGUAAAACCGACUAUAUAGAAGCUUUAAAGAGCGGCCACGGCAUCUGCCUUUUUAACAAACCAAACGAGUUGGAAAUUAGGAGAUCAUGCGGAAACAGGGUAAUCGACGACGGGGAACAAUGCGACUGCGGAUCGAUCGAGGAAUGCAAGGAGUUCGAUCCUUGUUGCGAUGCCAUCACCUGCAAGCUGACGACGGAGGCCGAAUGCGCGACCGGUCCUUGUUGCAGCGAUUGCAAGCUCCGUGCUCGCGGUGUCGUUUGCCGCGAAUCGACGAACGAGUGCGAUUUACCGGAGGUGUGCACCGGUGACAGCGGCCAGUGCCCGCCGGAUGUUUAUAAGAAGAACGGCAAUCCGUGCUCGAAUAACGCUGGGCACUGCUUCAACGGAGUCUGCCCGGCUCUGGAUCUACAGUGCGAGCAAGUGUGGGGAUACGGUGGACUCGCCGCCGAUCAAAAAUGUUUCGAGCAAUUUAACUCUAAGGGAUCUAUCAACGGUCAUUGCGGCACUGAUUCCAGCGGUCACCUUAUCAAAUGUGAAGCUGAAAACGUUCUUUGUGGCUCCCUUCAAUGCCAACAAGGAAGCAAGCAACCGAUAAUCGAUGGAAUGAAGGAUUUACAUACUAGAACUAUAAUUUCCAUAAAAAAUCAGGAAUAUGAAUGCAAAGCUACGAAUGGAAGAGUGGAAGGAACCGAUAUACCUGGAAUGGGAUUAGUUCGUGAUGGCACAUCUUGCGGUGAUAAUUUGAUUUGCGUAAAUCAAACUUGCACAAGUUUGUUUCCAUACAUCGAUCAAGAAAAGUGUCCCAGCAAUCACGACGACAAAGAAUGCUCGGGAAAUGGCGUGUGUACGAACGUUAAUAAGUGUUACUGCUUCCCCGGUUGGAGCGGACCGGACUGUUCCAUUGAGCAAUCUAUCCCGACGUUAUCGCCGACAACACCCACACCUGAAGUAGUACAUAAAUCUGAUUCUAAACUGGAAAAGAAAGAGACCCCCUACGGUACAGUAACAGCGAGAACAGAUCGCCCGCGAUCAAGGCCUGUCGUCUUCGUCUUCGUCGUAAUUCGUGGCUAGCUGGAUGAUGAUGAUAAUGAUGAUGAUAAUGAUGAUGAUGAUGAGGAGGCAUCGCACGCGGCCGUCAUAAUAUCGAUCACUCUUAGCCUAUUCUACUCGAUGUUCACCUAUUACACGUAUAAACGCGAGAGUUGCAGAAAACAAAACUCGCUGCGUUCAGCUCACGACGACGCGAUAGCGAAGAGAGUUAUUUAUACGUUGAUGUCUCUUAUUUAUCUUCGGCCUUUCACUUGCUCUUCUUUUUUGGCACUUCCGAAUGAGUUGCAGAAAAUCACUUAUAUAAGCAAUCUCUCCCCUUGGAUCCUGUUAUGCGCUUCGUAGUUUAGAUUGCUUGCGUCCUUAGACUCUUCAUGCUUUAGCUUUCGGUUCGCUGAGAUUCUAGUUACCACCGGCAUCCUAGAUUCCUUGCUAAGGAGUUCCUCAGAAGAGCAAGGUGUCCUACAUAUUACGAAUUCGAGAUUGUUUAGUUCCUAUUACACUAUACUCCUGUGCUUCAUGAAGCUUCCUGUGCUUCUAAGUUACUUUGGAUCUCUUAAAUAAUUUAGAUAACAUACAGCUAAUUUCUAAUUCUAAAUAGAAUUGUUUAAUAUUUUAGUAUUUAUUAUUAAUUAAUGUAUUUAUUAUCAAUUAAAGUAGCUCUCUGAAUUCUCAAUCUUUAAGAAUUCCACUAUUUACAGCUGUAUUUAUCAAUAUGAAUUUUGAAUAUGAAAAUUGAAUGCAGCUGGUUUUGCGUCUGAAUCGCUCGCAUACAUGACAACA